UGGGGCAGCAUUCAUAAAGUGGCCGAUCGUCGCCUUUCUCUUCUCCAACCCAUUUUUUCCCUUUUUCUCUCCAGCAAAGAUACCCCCUCGCCUGGUGAAUACGCCUGGUCUGAGGAAACAAUUGAGCUCGCUGCGUUAGAUCGCUGCGCAUUUUCCUUUUCUUUUUUUCUUUUGAGCCAUACCGGGCUUAUACGUGCGCGGGGUACAUAUUUCGGCGCAUACUUUUUUUCCAAAAACACAUUUACUUCACAAUGGCUCGUUCACGGAGCUCCCUGGCCUUGGGCCUGGGUCUGCUCUGCUGGAUUACCCUGCUCUUCGCUCCUUUGGCCUUUGUCGGAAAGGUCAAUGCCAGCGAUGAUGCGGACAACUACGGAACUGUUAUCGGUAUUGAUUUGGGUACUACCUACAGCUGUGUCGGUGUGAUGCAGAAGGGCAAGGUCGAGAUUCUCGUCAACGAUCAGGGCAACCGAAUUACUCCUUCCUACGUGGCCUUUACCGAUGAGGAGCGUCUGGUUGGCGACUCAGCCAAGAACCAGGCCGCCGCUAACCCCACCAACACCAUCUUCGAUAUCAAGCGAAUGAUUGGUCGCAAGUUUGCCGAGAAGGACAUCCAGGCCGAUAUGAAGCACUUCCCCUACAAGGUCAUUGACAAGGAUGGAAAGCCCAUUGUUCAGGUCCAGGUGAACGGCGAGAAGAAGCAGUUUACUCCUGAGGAGAUUUCCGCCAUGAUCCUUGGCAAGAUGAAGGAGGUCGCCGAGUCCUACUUGGGCAAGAAGGUCACCCACGCCGUCGUCACUGUCCCCGCCUACUUCAACGACAACCAACGUCAGGCCACCAAGGAUGCCGGUAUCAUUGCCGGUCUCAACGUCCUCCGAAUUGUCAACGAGCCUACCGCCGCCGCUAUCGCCUACGGUCUGGACAAGACUGAUGGUGAGCGCCAGAUCAUUGUCUACGAUCUCGGUGGUGGUACCUUCGAUGUCUCCCUCCUCUCCAUUGACAACGGUGUCUUUGAGGUUUUGGCUACCGCCGGUGACACCCACCUUGGUGGUGAGGACUUUGACCAGCGUGUCAUCAACUACCUGGCCAAGGCCUACAACAAGAAGAACAGCGUUGAUAUCUCCAAGGACCUCAAGGCCAUGGGCAAGCUCAAGCGUGAGGCCGAAAAGGCCAAGCGAACUCUGUCUUCCCAGAUGAGCACCCGUAUUGAGAUUGAGGCUUUCUUCGAGGGCAACGACUUCUCCGAGACUCUUACCCGAGCCAAGUUCGAGGAGCUCAACAUGGAUCUCUUCAAGAAGACCCUCAAGCCUGUUGAGCAGGUUCUCAAGGACGCUAACGUUAAGAAGAGCGAAGUUGAUGACAUUGUUCUCGUCGGUGGUUCCACUCGUAUCCCCAAGGUUCAGUCUUUGAUUGAGGAGUACUUUGGUGGCAAGAAGGCUUCCAAGGGUAUCAACCCCGACGAGGCUGUUGCUUUCGGUGCCGCCGUCCAGGCUGGUGUUCUUUCCGGUGAGGAGGGUACUGAGGAGAUUGUCCUCAUGGACGUCAACCCCCUGACUCUCGGUAUCGAGACCACCGGUGGAGUUAUGACCAAGCUCAUUCCCCGCAACACUCCUAUCCCCACUCGCAAGAGCCAGAUCUUCUCAACUGCUGCCGAUAACCAGCCCGUUGUCCUGAUCCAGGUCUUCGAGGGUGAGCGUUCCAUGACCAAGGACAACAACAUUCUUGGCAAGUUCGAGCUUACCGGUAUCCCCCCUGCUCCCCGUGGUGUUCCCCAGAUCGAGGUCUCCUUCGAGCUGGAUGCCAACGGUAUUCUGAAGGUCUCUGCCCACGAUAAGGGCACCGGCAAGCAGGAGUCCAUCACCAUCACCAACGACAAGGGCCGUCUCACCCAGGAGGAGAUUGACCGCAUGGUCGCCGAGGCUGAGAAGUUUGCCGAGGAGGACAAGGCUACCCGUGAGCGCAUUGAGGCCCGUAACGGUCUUGAGAACUACGCUUUCAGCCUGAAGAACCAGGUCAACGACGACGAGGGUCUUGGUGGCAAGAUUGACGAGGAGGAUAAGGAGACUAUUCUUGACGCUGUCAAGGAGGCUACCGAGUGGCUCGAGGAGAACGGCGCCGACGCCACCACCGAGGACUUUGAGGAACAGAAGGAGAAGCUGUCCAACGUCGCCUACCCCAUCACCUCCAAGAUGUACCAGGGUGCUGGUGGCGAGGACGAUGGUGACUUCCAUGACGAACUGUAAAAAAUGCAUAGAUGUUUUAUUAUCUAGAGGAACCAAAGAAGUUCCCCGGUGUUAUCGUCGGUUAUGACGCGGAUAUGUUUUUAGUCUUAUUAAAUCUGAAUGCAACUCUGCAACUGUAAAGUAGAUGCAUAGAUUGAAGUUUGAAUUUGAUACCUACAGUUGCUUGUGA